CCCAUAUUGGAGGUUGGUGAUACACAAUUCAUCAACCCCAACAACGCUUCACUCUUUCCCUUGAUUGAAUGAGUGUGGCUCUUGUGGAAUUGAAUAUCGCUAAGCUCCUGUCGCGCCCAUCGUCGUCGCUCUCGCGUCGUCAUUGACCCCCCACCAUCUCCCCCCAUGAGGAGAGAGGGGAGGGGUUAGUGCGACAAGAGUUGUCGACGACUGCGCGGAUGUUUACUGUAGAUGAAUGAAGAGGAGCUGCGCAUGCUCAAGGCGGCCCUUGGGUCUGUCGUUGAAACUCAAGAAGAAGACUGUGCCCCGCCCGUUGGGCAAAUUGAACAAGUUACGACGGAUCCCGUCGAAGGCGACCCCGAGGUCGUAGAAUUGGGUGAAGAGGAUCUUAACUCGUUGCUCGCUCAAUUGCAGCAGCCACAGGACGGUGAACCGGAUCAUCCCCUCUCUCCUUCCGUACCGACUGGCGAGACCGAGCAGUUUUCGGGUGCGGACGAGUUGCGCCUCGAUCCGUCUGUGCUUGAGGAGAUUGCACGGGCUCUUCGCGGAGGUGACGCCGUAGGAGCGACUAGUGCGCCCGGGGGAGCGAAGGAGGACAGCAGUGAACACCAGCUCAUCAACGCUCUACAGAAGGCUUUCAAGGAAGAUGGACACAGCAAUAAUCAUAAUGUUUCUUCGGAUUCUACACCGACAGGCCAAUCCCCAGAGCCCCAGGCUCAGGGGAACGCUACUCUGUCAAUGCUGUUGCAGCGCCAGGAACAAGUUGGGCUUCUCAUUUCCAAUGAGAUGUAUCGUCAGCAGAAUGGAGAUACCAGGGGCGAGAGCUACUCCCCCGAAAUCGGUGAGGAGGACGCGAGUAUGCAGAUGGGAGACUACGACGAUGCCUCCAAGCAUGCGGAGCGCGAGAGAAUUCGAGAAGAGAAUCGAGAAAGAAAGAAGCGAUGGCGCGAAGUAAACCAAGAUCGAAACAAGGACAAUGAUCUGAGAUGUCGAGUCACCAAACGGGCAGCUAGGCUCUUCGGUUUGGGAUCCUCUGCAACGAAGACUGCAUGGGUCGCAGCGGAAUUCAACAAAAGGAAACAGAAGAGAGAACAGAAGGAGAAGACCAAAGGAGGAGACGGUCUGAACUUGUCUAGUGUGUUCGCAUCCUCUCAACCACAUGCGUUCGCAGGCUCUGGCGACCAUAGUGGAGUGAUCCGUGGGUGCGGAGAUGAAAUCACGAUGGAAAGCCUCGUCGAAUUACUGGCGAAAGCUCCACCAGAGCUUGUCGCCGAGCUUCAUCAAGUUGCGAACGACAUCACUGGAACUCAACUACCACUAGGACGGAGCCGGAUGGGGCAACAAUCACGGAACCCGACGUCAUCCCAGAUACCUCCAGCUUCAUCGUAUCAGCAACAGCCGUCAUACACACCGCAUGUUCAUUCUCCUCCUCCACCACCUCCACCAACAAUGCACGGCCGAUCCUUUGACACGGCCCCCGGCUCCGUUCCCGCUCCCCUUCCCCAACCAGAGCCCGAGCCGGCUGUUACUACACUGGAGGGCGUUCUCCAAGGUCUUGUUGCUGGAGGUGAAGUUCCCGAAGGCUUCGACCUGCUGCUUGCCGAGUUGGCGGCAGAGCCAGAAAAGUCCACUCCAGAGGUUGAGCAGGAAGCACAGCCCGAACCCCAGCCACAGCCCGAACCUCGAUUACAGACCCAGCCGAUGACCCAAUUGCAGUCUCAGAAAGUACCCCAGGCACAGACCGAGGAAAUCACUCAGCACCAGCCGAUGACCCAAUUGCAGUCUCAGCAAGUACCCAAGGCACAGACCAAGGAAAUCGCCCAGCCCCAACCCGAGUCUCGGCUCGAGUCACAAACCGGGCACCAGUCCCAAUUCACACCUGAGCCAGUUCCCACCGAACUUCAAUCCGAAGCCGUGCCCAAGCCCGAAUCAUCUGGAGAGCCAUCAUCGAUUGUGACAGAAUCGACACCUGCGACUUCUGAACCGCCAUCCUUGGUUGAGACCAGACAAGCUUCCGUGGCUCCAGAGCCGACGCUUCUUGCCGAGAACCCGGGACCUCCUGAAGUACCAGGAUCUGCACCGAUACUUGGGGCUGUAGAAUCAUCCGCGACCCAGGAGUCCACACUUCAAGCCGAGACCACAGGAUCUCGCGCAGGAUCUCCCGAAGAAACCGGUGGCGAACUUGCUGAUGUCAACGUCGACGAGCUCCUUGCAGCUCUCGCGGCAGCUGGCGAAGAUAAUGACGAACACGCUGGAAUCCUGGAAGAAAUCCUUAACGGCUACGGCAUGGAAGAACAUUCCAUCUCCGAUGAAUUCGUGGCUGAUACAGCAGUGGUCGAUGAACCCCUGGCUGACGAUGAGUCCAUAGCGGACGAUGGCGUGGAUGUGGAGGCGCUGCUCGGAGAGCUGGCGGCCUCAGAAGAAAGCAACGGAAAGUUGGCGGCUUCGGAAGAAAACGAAGACGAGAUGACAGAAGAGGCACUUGAGAGGAUUAUCAAGGAGUGCGGAUUCGAUCCGACGAGUGUGGCUCUCGGGACUUUAACCGAUGAGCAGCUGAUGAAUCUUGACGCCAUCCUCACCAACGUUACUGGAGAGGGGGCCAAGCAGAGCGAACAGAAUGAGCAGAUCGAGGAUUUGAGUCCCGAGAUAACCGAAAACAUGUCGGUAGACGACAUCGACGCUCUCCUGCAGAAGCUUAGUUCGGAAUCCGAAGGCCCCAGCGUCAAUAUCGCCCCCCUUGAACAGCCGUUCGAGAAUCGAGUCUUUACACAGACACCGCAGGAAGUGGCGGCUCCGUCGUCAGCGAGGGAUAACUUUGGGGGAUAUACAAACGAGAACCUUCGCGCCAUCCUGACGGUUGUCCUCGGUGGCAUUGGCAUCCCGCUCGUACCAGCUCGACAAGAGAUGCCACGUUCUCUUAAGCGUCCGUCGUCAGCUUCAUAUGUUCCUCCUCCGCCUGCCAAGCGUCCGCGCGGUCCAUCUCCCAACGUUGUUGCCCCUAGCGCGGUCAACCAACUUCAGGGAAUCGUCCAGAGCAGUGCCAACAUCAUCCGUCCCUCGCCAACUCCAACGCCACUUUCGCCUGCGUACGUCGCGAGCUUUGGCAACACCGAGGACAUGAACCGGCGAUUGAUGGCCAUGAAGCCCCCGCCAUACAGACCUGGUGGUGGAACCCCUAGAAGCACGCAUUCGGCAAGCAGUGCGCCGAUUCCCUCGCCGCUCCCUCUUAUCCCUCUCCCCGCGAGACCUAAGAGCGGAGAAGACGAGAAGCGCAUCAAGGCAAUGGGAUUCCCACCUCUGCUCGCGGGCGUCAAGCGAAAGGCUGAAUAG